AACCAUCCAAUCCAUUUCCUAGCACAAAAGCAGCUCAUGAUUUCGCUUUGCACUUGAUUACUGGUCGUGAAACCACGAUUUGGAAAUUUUGCCGUUCUUUCAUCAUUCUCCAUGUUCUGCUCCAACCUAAGAGACGCCCGGCAGACAGAACAGCCUCGUCUCGCUCGCAUGGUUCUGCAAUUUUCCUUCGGAUCAUGCAAAACCCGCUCGUGAGCACAACGAGAAGGAAGCCAUGUCGAGCCUGAGGAGCAUCCGAGGGGGCGACGCCCGACGUUCGAUCGCAUGGCAACUCCAGCUUCAUUUUUCCAAGUUACAGGACCCGGUAUUGCUCAUCCGCCACGCUCUUGAAUCCUCCAAGCGGGCGGGGGAUUUCAAGACUGCCACCAAAGCCCACGCCAGGAUCGUCACUUCCGGGUACUGGGCCAACCCGCCUGUUCUAGCUUCUCUGGUGUCGGCGUAUGUGCGCUGUCAUCAGCUCGAUCUCGCCGAGCGUGUCGUCCACCAAGUCGCCAGCCGGUGUCGCGACUUGUUGACCCUCAAUAUCUUCCUCAGGGAUUUGUUGGGUGCCGGGCAGUGUGGUGUUGCGAGGAAGCUGUUUGAUAAAAUGCCUGAACGGGACGUGGUGACUUGGAACUCGAUGAUCGGAGGCCUGACGCGGAAUGGGCGGUUCCAUGACGCGCUUGCGUCUUUCCGGGAUAUGCUGAGUUCGGAUGUCAAGCCCGAUGGUUUCACGUUUUCGUCUGUUUUCACCAGUUGUGCGCGAGUUGGGUUUCUAAGUCAUGCAUCAUGGGCGCACGGGUUGAUGAUCGAGAAAAAGAUUGAAGGGCACUAUAUAUUGCAUGCAGCCCUAAUUGACAUGUAUGCAAGAUGUGGCAAGAUCCAAACCUCUCGAGAAAUUUUUGACAGCGUUCCUCGUGACGAUGUGUCGGUUUGGAACUCGAUGAUUAAUGGGCUGGCCAUUCAUGGCCAUGCCCAUGAUGCUAUUACAGUUUUCUCAGAGAUGGAACAGGAAAAUGUCACACCUGAUUCUAUAACUUUUGUUGGUCUAUUGACAGCUUGUAGCCGUUGUGGGUUGGUUGAGGAAGGGCGCAAGUAUUUUGAUUCAAUGAGGAGACGUUACUCCAUUCAGCCUGAAAUACAGCAUUAUGGUGCCAUGGUUGACCUGUUGGCUCGAGCAGGAUCUGUGGAUGAGGCCUAUGCUAUGAUUAAGGAAAUGCCCAUGAAGCCAGAUGCUGCAAUAUGGAGGACUCUCCUCAGUUCUUGCAGGGUCUUCAAAAGGUCACGGCUAGGUGAAGUUGCCAUUGCAAAUAUUCCACGUUGUGAAAGUGGGGAUUAUGUCUUGCUCUCAAACACCUACUGCUCUUUAACUAGGUGGGAUAGUGCAGCAAAAAUGAGAAAUUUGAUGAAAAAGAAAAGAGUUGGUAAAAAUUGUGGAAAGAGUUGGAUUGAGUUUGCAGGUGAGAUCCACCAAUUCAGAUCAGGUGAUAGGUCGCACCGGGAAACAGAAGCUUUAUACGAAGUUUUGGAUGAACUCAUUAAGAGAACUAAAAUGGCGGGGUUUGUGCCUUCAAUGGAGUUGGUUCUGAUGGAUGUUGCUGAUGAAGAGAAGGAGGAGAAUUUGAACUUUCACAGUGAAAAACUGGCGGUGGCAUAUGGGGUCUUGAAAUCUAGUCCUGGGAGCGAGAUUGUGGUGUUGAAGAACCUUAGGAUCUGCUAUGAUUGUCAUUGCUGGAUAAAACUGCUUUCAAGGAUAUUAAGCAGAACGAUAGUUGUAAGAGACCGACUCCGGUUUCACCAAUUUGAAGGUGGCUUGUGCUCGUGCAAUGACUAUUGGUAGUCUACACAAGGUUGCUUCCUUUUAGCAUUCGGCGCUACUAACAAUAUCAGAUAAUUUUAUGCAAAGGUAGCUAUCAGCCGGUUCUGCUAGAUUAUCAUUUAUCAUUUAGAAGGGAAUGAACUAAUUACAAGCUAGUAUUACCAGUUCGAUUGUUCCUGACAUUUAAGAGAAGGGUUGGUUAUAGAUAGAGAUUUCCAUGAGAGUACGAGAUUCAGAGCUAAUGUACUUGUGUUCCGGAACUAGUCUUGAUAACGGUGAGAGAACCAUUUGGAGGUGAUAAUCAAUU